CUUUUUUAUCUUUACGCGCAGGUCUUUGCAACUAUCGCUCUCUUCGCCCUCGUGGCUUGCACGGCUUUCGCCGAAGAGGCCACCAAGAAGGACGAGAAGAAGGAAGAUAAGAAGGAUGUGGAAGGGCGUGGCGGCGUCCUGGGAGGCCUUGGUGGUUACGGCGCUGGAGUUGGUCCCGGUCUCGUGGGUUCCGGACUUGGAGGCCCCGGUCUUGUUGGUGGUGGAGUCGUUGGCAACCCCGCUUUGGUCGGAGCAGGUCUCGGACACGGAGUAGGCCUUGGGCACGGAGUCGGCCUUGGCCAUGGAGUUGGCGGUGGCUUCCAGUCCGGCUAUGGCUCAUCGGCCGGAGGCCACCAGUCUGGAUACAAGGGUGGUGCCGCUGGACACAACCAGGGAUCCGGUGGUUUCGCUGGUGGCUCUUCCCACAGGAACGUGAACGCCUACAACAACAACCAGGGGUACAACCACAACUCGGGCUUCUCCGCAAGUGACAGUAAGAGCUUCGGCACUGGCCACCAGCAGGGUUCCUCCGGUUUCCAAGGAGGCGCCGCCGGACACCAGGGAGGAUUCGGACAGUCCUCUUUCGGAAAGACGGCGGGAGUGGGCCAUGCGGGCGUUGGCCUUCGCGGUUAAUGGUAGGUACUGU